AUGGUCGGGUGCAUGUCGGUCGUUAUCUCGCUUAACUUCUCCGCCAUGGCGCACAUCGCGCUGGCCAUGGGCGUGUUGGACAGCGAGUGGGAGGAGAAGCUAUGGCAGGAGUUUUGCAACCAGAUUCUCAACGCGGUCGGCACGCUCGGCUGCCUCGUCGUGCACCCGCUGCGAUGCUACUACCUCGUGCGACUCUGGCGGUGGAGUCGCGAAGACGUCGCCAGCCUUCGUGCGGUGCUCUCGGCGGCGGGACCGUUCGUCGAGAAGCCCGACGAGCGGUGGCAUCUGGGCGUCGUGCUAAUACUCCUGCAGCUCAACUGCUUCGGUCAAUACGCCAUCGCGCUUUUCAUGUGGUUCGUUUCGGAACCCGAUCGACCUUUCGUUCUCCUCGGGUUCAUCGUGAUAAUCGCGCUCGGGUCUCUUAUCGCGGCUGGGAGUUAUUGCUCCUGGAGCCCUCUCGGCUGGCCUACCGCGUCUAAGCCUGAGAAGAAGACACAGAAUCGCGGGAAAUCCGGUGGUCGUGUCGUUCCCGUGACGAGCGCCGAGGAAGACGGUGGUACAGCUGCUGGCGCUGCGGAGGAAGGGGGGGAUCUGUGCGGAAAGUGCGGGGGCGUGCUGUGCGACAGCGCCGCGGACGACGACGACGACGAUGUUGAUCGGGUCGCACAGAAGCAAGGGCUGUACGUGCGAUUGGACGACGCGAGCGCGGCAGGAAAGCAGAAACCGCACGAGUGGAAAACGCCCACGUGGCAGCCGAUGGGGGAGCUGGCGCGGCCGCAAUGGCAAGGCUCGGCGCUAGACUGCUGCGCGGAUGGCGUAGGCUCGGCGGUCUGGACCACGCUCUGCUGCUUCUGCGUGCACGGGCGACACGUGGAGCGAGCUGGGUUCGGCAACAGGAUCUUGCGGCGGACGUUUCUGUUGCCGGAGGAGGAGUGGUGCUGCUGGCACAAGGCGGCGACGGACUUUGCGUCGUGGUACGUGCUGCCGUGCUGCUCGUUGUGCCAGGAGGUGCGCACCGUGCGGCACUACAACCUCCACAUGCUCCCACACCUGCCUGAUGAGACCCCGGGCGAGGCGCAAAGGAAGGAGAUUACUGUGCUGACUAUGGCUCCCGCUUCUAUUUGCAUUGAGGCCUGCGAGAUUGGCGUGAGAAGGUGCGGGUAG